AUGGUUUUUAGUGAUGCAUCACAAGUUGAAAAUUGCACUUACUGUUAUUCCCUACAAUGUAGUUUACGAAUAGAAUCCAUAGCAAAUGUCAACCGUAAAGGUGCAGUGGCAUCGAAGAAUGCGACGCUCACUAUUGGGCGGAAUUUGGCACGGGAGAUCGUGCUUCAAGUGGAACUGGGUGGAGUUUCCGGUGGACGACCUGCAGUUGCUUCAUAUAGCUUGAUCGAUUGUAUUAUACAUAGAAGAAGUAUUGCUCAAGGGAAAGGUGCUAUAGAAGUACCAAACAGGAAGCUUGUUAUACAGCUGUCAAACUGCGCUCCACGGAAGCUUAAUGUGUUUCUUAAGUCCUUACAAGCAAAACUUGACAUCAUGCAUUCUGAGCGGUCGCAAUCCGCCACAACUCAAAAUCGCACUCCUCUGGCUAUUUCUAGAAAAAGCCAUUUGCAAGAACUACCAAGCCUGCACACAGUCCUCAGCCCAUUGAGUAUUGAAGAGAUUCGUCGAGUAAGAAGGUACGUUUCAUGUUGUUUUAAGCCAGCUUCGACAAAAAAGACUGAGACAAUCAAGUUAUCUGAAGAGCAACGAAACGUGAUACGUUGCGUNCUGCAGACUUCGGAAAAUGUGUUCUUUACCGGUAGUGCAGGGACUGGAAAAUCAGUAGUGCUGAGGCGGAUCAUUGAAAUGCUACCAGCGGCAACUACAUUUGUUACUGCUGCAACUGGUGUGGCUGCUUGCCAGUUAGGGGGUAUCACUCUGCACAGCUUUGCUGGAAUAGGAGUUGGACGUGGGUCUCCUGAAGAGUGCCUUAACACAGCACUAUCAAAAGACAACGUGGUGAAGCAGUGGAAAACGUGCACACACCUGGUUAUUGAUGAAAUUUCUAUGGUUGAUGCGGAAUUUUUCACCAAAAUCGAAUAUGUGAGUUUUACGGACAUCUUCGAUAUUUCAUUCUCUUGCUCUUACUGCUGUAAAAUAUGGUUUUCGGUCGCUCGGCAAAUCCGCGAAGAUAACCGUCCUUUUGGUGGUGUGAAAUUGAUCGUAACUGGUGAUUUCCUUCAACUGCCUCCAGUGUGUGGCAAAAACGAUACCGUGAAGUUCUGCUUCGAGUCUGAAGCAUGGAAUCGUUCCAUUCAAAGGACUAUUAUGCUGAAACAAGUUCACCGUCAAGACGACGCACAUUUCGUAAAAGUUUUGCAAGAAAUCCGUGUUGGAAAAUGUAGUGAUGACGUCUGCACAGCGCUGUCUGGGACUAAAAGCAACGAUUUCUCGGUCGAUGGAUUAGUCCCUACAAGACUCUGUACGCAUACUUCAGAUGCGCUAGCCGUGAACACUCGAUGUCUUGAGGAACUAGAAGGGGCGUGUAAGGUCUUCGAGGCAGAGGAUAGCCAGUUUAUCCCAGAAUCCCUCCGAGGCACCGUUGCGAAAAGACUGGUUCUGAAAGUUAACACUCAGGUAAUGUUGAUGAAAAACUUGGACCUCUCACGAGGGCUUUCAAACGGUUCUCGAGGAGUAGUGACGAAGUUUUCAAAAAGAGGAUUUCCACUCGUCAGGUUCUAUUCAGCACACGAAGAAAUCGAGGUGACUCCAAUUCGCUUUGCUGUUCGUGUACCUGGUAAUGAUGAACCGGCAUGUCGACGUCAGCUGCCACUACAGUUAGCAUGGGCCAUUUCAAUCCACAAAUCGCAGGGACUCACUCUUGAUGCAGUAGAAGUGAGCCUUGAAAGAGUCUUUGCUGAGGGACAGUCAUACGUGGCACUGUCUAGAGCACGUAGUCUCUCUUCACUCCGAGUGAUCGCUUUUGAUGCAUCUGUUAUUAGAGCGAACAAAAACGUUAUCAAGUUAGUUAUUAUUUCCGCAACUUUUCUUCCUCGUUUCGAAUGA